AGCUGCUCGGCAGUACCACGUCGGCCCGCUGCCCCAAGUCGAUGUCGGUCAUCUCCCCCAAAAAACCCCCCAGGGUUCCUCCCACACCUUAUUCGUCGCCACCCAUGGGCCUACCUACUUAACCCGCGCCCUAUCGAUAUGCUUUGGGAAAACCUUCCAGUUGUGACCACCACCCUGAGUACGGAAAUUUACCGACACUUACCCGACAGCGGUUACUUGUCUCUACGCUUCGAUAAGUCUCUGUUUCCCCAGAUCGUCAUACGGACGCCACCACGUCUUCCAUCAGAAUUUCCCUUCAUCGAGCUUCAGUCCCUUGAGGACACGAUCGCCUUCCGCGAGCGCUCUCAGCGCGUCCUCGAGAAUGUGUUAGCGGGUACCUACAUGGAAACUGACGUCAGCGGUUUGCCACGAACUUCGUGCGCUAAGCAUCCCUAUAUAACCGCACUUCCGUAUCGGAAAGGUUAUCGCCUAGUACUAUAUCGAGUAGUGUCCACGGGAUGGGGUACCGGCACCAUACUCGAGGCGAAAUAUUUCUUCACGGUAGGUCCCGAAAGGCGCGACCUACAUUGCAUCCUGCUAGACACGUUUGCGGUAGAAGUAGUAAGACAUCGUCGCUGCUUCAAUAAGUCACUGGUUUCAGAUAAAAAUUUCGUUUGA